AUGCUAGCAGCAGACUCAGACGACUCCAACUUCAGCACCAUGAACACUUCAUUAGCAAGACUCCACUUUGCAGGAGGCUAUCAACCCAAUGACUCCAAGGACUGGAGGUCCAUCAUUCCUGCUUUUUUAAUGGCAAUCUGUUUAGUAGGUCUUGCAGGGAACCUGUGUGUGAUCAGCAUCCUCCUACAUGGUGCUUGGAGAGGAAAAUUAUCCAUGAUCAACUCCCUGAUUUUAAAUCUGAGCCUAGCUGAUCUCUUUCUCCUGCUAUUUUCUGCACCUCUUCGGGCAGCAGCAUACUCCAAAGGUGUUUGGGAUAUGGGAUGGUUUGUCUGCAAAUCCUCUGACUGGUUCACACACACAUGCAUGGCAGCCAAGAGUCUAACAAUUGUUGUGGUAGCAAAAGCAUGCUUUAUGUAUGUAAGCAACCCAGCCAAGCAAAUGAAUAUCAACAACUGCACAAUAUGGACAAUACUGGUAGUCAUCUGGGCCAUGGCUUGCCUCUUACCCUUGCCGGAAUGGUUCUUUAGCACCCUUAGAUACCACGAAGGUGUGGAGAUGUGCAUCAUGGAUGUGCCAGCUCUGGCACAGGAGUUCACUUCUACGUUUGGUAAGCUCUACCCUCUCCUUGUAUUUUGCCUUCCUUUGCUCUUUGCUGGCAUGUAUUUUUGGAAGGCUUACUGCCGGUACCAACACAGAGGAACCAAGACCCAAAAUCUGAGAAACCAGAUACGAUCCAGGCGACUCACAAUGAUGUUGUUAAGUGUCGCUAUAACUUCUGCCAUCAUGUGGCUACCAGAAUGGAUAGCUUGGCUAUGGGUAUGGCAUUUAAAGACAGGAAGCCCUGUUCCACCUCAAGGUUUUAUAGCCUUAUCUCAAGUCCUUAUGUUUUCUAUCUCUUCUGCAAACCCCUUCAUUUUCUUAGUGAUGUCUGAAGAAUUCAAAGGCUUCAAAGAUUUCUGGAGAUGGUUGACAUCAAAAAAGCCGCUACCUGACCCAAAUUUGCAAGGAACAUUAGCCAGUAACUCACAGGUGAUUUCGGAAAACGUCCCAUCUCAAGAGCCCCUGCCAUCUGUACCAGACAAAGAGAAACCUGGAUCUUCCCCCUCUGGUGAAGAGAAAACAGACAAGGAGAUUCCCGUCCUGCCCGAUGUGGAACAGUUUUGGCAUGAAAGGGAUAUAGUCCCUACUGAGCAAGACAAUGACCCUAUCCCCUGGGAACAUGGUUCUGAGACACCAGGUUGUAGUAAAUGA